AUGAGGCUCACAGUGACAAGGCGAAGGAGAGCAUCCGAGCCAAGUGCGUGCAGUACCUGGAUCGGGCGGAGAAGCUGAAGGAAUACCUGCGCAGCAAGGACAAGCAGGGCAAGAAGCCGGUCAAGGAGUCCCAGAAUGACAACAAGGGGAGUGACAGUGACAGCGAGGGCGAGAACCCUGAGAAUAAGAAGCUGCAGGAGCAGCUGAUGGGUGCCAUCAUGAUGGAGAAGCCCAACGUGCGGUGGAGUGACGUGGCCGGCCUGGAGGGAGCCAAGGAGGCCCUGAAGGAAGCCGUGAUCCUGCCCAUCAAGUUCCCGCACUUGUUUACUGGGAAGCGCACACCCUGGCGAGGGAUCUUGCUCUUCGGCCCCCCUGGAACCGGCAAGUCCUACUUGGCCAAGGCCGUGGCCACUGAGGCCAACAACUCCACCUUCUUCUCUGUGUCGUCCUCUGACCUGAUGUCGAAGUGGCUGGGAGAGAGUGAGAAGCUGGUGAAGAACCUCUUUGAGCUGGCAAGGCAGCACAAGCCCUCCAUCAUCUUCAUUGAUGAGGUGGACUCACUGUGUGGCUCACGCAAUGAGAAUGAGAGCGAGGCAGCCCGGCGCAUCAAGACAGAAUUCCUGGUGCAGAUGCAGGGCGUAGGGAACAGCAGCGAUGGGAUCCUGGUGCUGGGCGCCACCAACAUCCCCUGGGUGCUGGACUCGGCCAUCAGGAGAAGGUUUGAGAAGCGCAUCUACAUCCCACUGCCCGAGGAGGCGGCGCGGGCCCAGAUGUUCAAGCUGCACCUUGGCAACACCCCGCACUGCCUGACCGAGGCCAACAUCCAGGAGCUGGCCCGCAAGACCGAUGGCUACUCG